AUGAUGAACGUCGCUUCGAUGGACCUCGCUUCGAUGGACCUUGCUUCGAUGGACCUCGCUUCGAUGGAUGAUGCUUCCAUCUCGCGUUUUCUCCGAAGCCACCUGUGGGGACCGAUACCUGGUAGCAUAUCCGGCCCUAACCCGGUGGCCGUGGCUAUGAAGCCCGUAUUCUCUCGAAUGCUGGAGAAAUACUUGAGUCGGACAGACUCCCAAGGAAAUCCCGACCCCGCCAACCUAGCCGCCAUACCCGUGAUGCAAGCAUUGCAGGAAGCUUUCUUGAGCCGAGAAGGGCGCUGCAAGCCCUCCAUGCUAGAUCUCGAUCAACUCCAUCGAAGAUUGACGACGUACCCAGCUCAUCUCCCGGACAGCGACUACCUCAAAGACCUCGACCAGAAGAUCGUCUUGGUGCAACAAAUCAAUCAGCUGUGUAGAAAUUUUCAUACGGAUGUCUCGAUGAAGGAGCUCCACUUAGACAAGGCUUCGUUCUGGUCUACGUUGAUGACCAUGGACUUGGAGAGAUUGAAGGAAGUUCGAUGCGACCUGGAUGAUAUGACCAGCGCUAAAGCUAAGAGGCUUCUACUUACCGAUUUUCCGGUAUGGGCCAUGGCAACGCCAAUGCUUCUCCGUUCUUUUAUACGAGGGUAUGCGAAAGAGCCUUCCAGGAAGUAUUCUCCGGCCAAGCCGCUGAGGAACACGUCCGAAAUCAAACAUGUGAGUCUCAGAUGCCCCUCAACAGGUAUUGGUGAAAGUAGAGAGGCAGAAUUGACAACCUUCACACAUAAGGUUCUCCGACACAACAGCAACCGCUGCAUCAUCACAAAGCUACGAGCCGACGUCUAUAAUGUGAUACAUAUCAUUCCACCUGAUCUAUUGAGAUCGAGAGCCCAGCUAAUCAAGUCACUGAAGGGGAUGAGAUCCUGGUAUACAGAUGAACGCAUUGAUGCGCUUCUGAAGAAGCUUACGUCGGAGUCUUGCCACGAAAACAUCAUCAACACUCGUCGUAACAUGAUCUGCAUGCACCUCCAAAUGGGCACGCUCUGGUACAUGGGAGAGUUUAUGCUGAAACCGAUGGGUCGCCCAGUUCAGGUGGUUAUUCCAGUUCCGGCAGAAGAUCCGACUGAAGAACCUCAAAUGAAGACCGUAUGGGUCUUGACGUUGAUCUUCCAUUGGCUUCGGAAGACGGAGUUCCCAGACAUGCAGCAAACCAUACCUUUCGACACUGAUCCCCGCCAGCACUUCGAGGACCUUGAUCCCCAUGACUUAGGAGCCGUAGAUUACAGCACUGCUCAUUCUAUGGUCGGCGGAGAUAUCGUCCGGAUCUUCGCCUACGAUGAGAAGGACUUGCCUGACUGUGACCUUUUGGAUCUGCGGGCGAACCUGUAUACGGCAUUCUCGCUAGCUGCUGCUGUGGACCCGAGAGCCUACAAGUUUGAAGGCGAUGGCGACGAUGAAGGCUACAACCCAGAAGACGACUUUGAUCAGGAAAUAGCUACUACAGCUCGCAUGCGGAUGCAGAUGAAGAGGGACGAAUCAUCGUCGAACCCACGCCGCCGCAACACACCUUCGGCGGCUGCCGACAUACCGUCCCAUGUUCACCAAGAUUCGAAACAAGUUGAGGAUGCAGCGGUGAGCCUCAAUGAAGAUGCAAGAGAGGAUACGGCCAAGAGCGACAAGAUGGUUGACGAGAUUCAAUCCUCUACUGCCGAGAAGGAGGAGCAGGCCGAAUCUUCGCCCCGUAAGCCGAGCAUCAUCGACACUCUCAACAAGAUACGGCACAGAAUGGGUGAUGUCUUACGAACAUUCCAGAAAGUCCUCCUGCGUCGACGAGAGGAGCGGGCGGACAAGAGUGGUUCAAAGUGA